GUAGGAGAAGGGUUAUACCAUAGUUCAUAAACAUAUAAGCUGCUACUAAGUAUCAUCUUUUUCUCCGGUUCCUCCUUAAUUCAAUCAAAUGGCUGUUCAAAAGCCAAAGAAUGGCAUAGCCAAGUGCAGAAGGAAGCCUAAUUCUAACAGGCUGAGCUGCAUGCCUAGAGAAUUACUGACAGAAAUUCUUGCACGUGUAGCCUCCGAAUCAUUCACUGAUUUCUUCAACGCGAAAACAACUUGCAAGGAGUUUCUUGAAGCAGCAUCGGAUGAUUACAUCUUCAAGCACGCAUCCAUUGAUUGUUUCCCAGUGAUUCCCUGGAAGAUAACAGAUGAUGCCUCGACUUUCUUAGACAAGUGCAAGAAGAGUGAAAAUCCUGAAUCAUUAUUUAGACAGGGAAUGAUAGAUUAUUUCAGCACCACCUUGGAAAAAAAUUCCGGACUCGACUACUUAAAAAGAGCAACUAAUAAAGGCCACAGGGUUGCCACUUACGUAUAUGGUAUAAUUCUUGCGUGCUAUGACGGGGAACUGAGACAAAAGGGUCUGAAAUUACUUGCCAAGUUGGUAGAAUCGAAAUCAAGCUUGAUUGUUAAUGAAUGUAGAGAGAAGAUUGUUGGCGAGAUGUGGGUGCAUAAUUAUAUAGUUGCAGGUGGACCAACAGAAAAAGAAAAAUACAUGGACAGAUUAACAAACUGCAGCUGUAAUUAUUUGAUUAAGAAGAGAGUGUCAACUGAAUCAAGAUGGGAAUUUUCGUUGGAUAAAGAAUUUGAAGAUGACGAUAAGUUUUCAUGCCAAACCUGUUUAUGGGACCGUGAAGCAAUUCGGUUUUGUAGUAUGCUCAGAACAGGACUGUUUAAGUAUCAGUUUCCAUAAUAAAUUAAUUAUUUAUUAAAUAUUUAAUCAAAA